AGUCUUAUACUGGCUUAUUGAUCGUUGAAUGUGGUUUCAUAAUUCUCGCAGUUUUAGUUAUGAUAUCACUGUUAUGUCUUCGGUUUAUGAACGGUAUUCUGGACUGGAGAGAUAAGCAAGCGGACUACGCAACUCAUAUUCUAAAUGGAAAUUAUCAGAGGGUAGAUACUGAAACAGUAAAGAAUGAAAAGUUAAAACAGCCAGAAGCAGCCAUCACUAUUCACACUAUUCAACCUUAUGGUAAAACAAUGAGAGAAGAGGAAAGUGAUGUGCCAUAUACUGAAGAUAGUGAUGUGGAAGUUGAGGUAAGUAAUCAUUUUCAUGAUGGUCGUUCAAUCAUAUAUAUAUAUAUAUAUAUAUAUAUAUAUAUAUAUAUAUAUAUAUAUAUAUAUAUAUAUAUAUAUAUAUAUAUAUAUAUAUAUAUAUAUAUAUCAUGAUCAACUUGAUCUUAUCAUGCGUACUUAUUCCAUUGGUUUAUUCUUAUAGCUUUAGGUCUCUACAGAAUAUACAUGAGGGUGUAAAAAAUAAUCCAAGUUUAGCGUGCUCUUGUGCCAUCAAUAUGAAGUGCACAGGUGAAAUUUUUCCAUAUUACUACAACUUAAAAUUUUAGCUUUUGAAUGAAACAUUUUCCCUAGCUAUUAUUCCAUGUACAAUUGACCAAAUACAAGCCGAUUAAAAACUGCCGGUCAAAAUCACAUUUUCCCGCUUUUGUGCAUAAUUAAGCAGUAAAGGUGUAUAAAGAAAGGCAAUCGCAUGCAUUAGAUCUUGGGUUUAUUGAUAAUAUUUUUAUACAGCAACAAACGUUAAACUUUUAGCUGUCGAAUGCAGGGGCGAAACUAUAGCCCCUUUUAAUUCGGGGGGGGGGGGGGUGUCCGCCAGAAUUGCCCUGCCAAAACCGAUGAUGCCCUGCAGCAAAUUUUUAUUUCUGGUCACUAUUUUUCCCAAAAUUAAAAUGUUGAAAUAUUUUUUUCCGGACAUUAAAAAGAAGGGUCAAAAAAUGUUUCCGAACAUAAACCAGUUAAAUUAAGGGUCAAAAAAUUUUUCCGUACAAAUUCCUGUUAAAACAUGGGUGAAACCCUUAUUUUUGGACCAAUAUCUGUAAAAUUUAGGUCUAUAAAUUCUAUUCAAUUCCCUCUCAAAGCCCUGUAAGUUACUUCAUAACUCUACAGUAUAUUCUAUCAUUUAAAAUCUUUGAUUGCCCUGCCAAUCCAGAUGAUUCGCCCUGCCAAUCCACAUGAUUCGUACAAAGAAAACAAUCAAAUACAAAGAAAACAAUCCUUUAUACCAAGGCGGUCAAUUACACAGCAGAUUUUCUUUACAAAUGCAUAAUGACUCUAUUAUAAUAGCCCUUAUGGGGCACGAGGGUGGGCGCACUAUCCCGAAUGCGGAUGUAACAAGCCAUUUCAAAUUUACACUCCAAUGCGUGCGAAUGGUGUAAGAGUAUAAAAUUGAAACAUAGUGAUACGCUAUAGCGAAAAAGCCAAAGAUAGCAAAAUUACUUCGUCGUCGUAAUAUUAUGCCAACUUCUCAAAAAUAAUACUCAAGUACAGUAAACAGGUACAUUUACUUUGUUACUAGGCAUUACUGGUAUACUGAUGUAUGGUAUGAGGGACCGGGAGCAUUCUUCCCGUUGACGACGAAAUCUACAUGAAAUCUUGCGAAUUCCUGCAUUCUAGAAGACUACAGUACUGC